AUGUCUCGCAUAGCGAAGCAAAACGAGAAGAUUCGCGAGGUUCUCGCUUCCGUAGAAAAUGGCACCCAGCGGAUUGACGAAAUGGCAAAAAUUAGAGGGUGGUUUCGUCCAAAAGAUGGAAGUGGGGCUUAUUCAGCCGUGCAAGACUAUCUCAACGAGAGGAUCGACUUGAGCGAGACGGCAUCGCUCUUGUUCGGGCCCAUUGAUGAGAAAAUCAACUCUUCUCAUCUCGACGAUGUAGACUUCAUGGACCUUUGGUAUAGCAUCAUUCACUCAGCACGACGCUUGUCAUGCCGUGAAAAUACAGAGUCCCACAACCACGACAAACUAGUCGACUUGAUCAAGGCGUUCAAGGAGCACUCGAUACCAAACAACGAAAUCUACAACUACCUCUAUAGCGAAAUGACCGACUUCGGAAUGGCCUGUCGUGAAGCCUACAACGACGCUCCAGUCGCUCACGACGGCUUCUUCGACCAAGAGGUGGAAGCAUGGGCAAACAUGAACUUCUUCUAUGCUCGUGUAACGCAAAAGGGACUGCAAGAUCUCUGGAUAUUUGCCAUCUUCUCGAUGCGAACCGCACUUGAAACACCCCUCGUUGAUGACCCCUCUGCAACAGCCAAUCAGCAAUACGACGCGUACGUCCCUGCUGCCGCCGCUUGGGUCUUCGGAAAUGGACGCCAGCUCUUCCGCUUAGAAAAGGACCUCACACCUGUCGAUCCCAAGCAAGGUAACCCCGCACGAGGCGGGGAGCUGUGGAAAGGCAAGGCCGAGUUCAGCAAAGAUCGAUGGGCGCUGUGGAAGGAAAGAUUUGCUGCGGUUGGGAAGAUGGACGGCGUGGCGGAAAAGACUAGGAUUACCGCGAGAGAUGCGGUCGAGAGCAUGGAAAGGAGCGAGACCUACGAGCCUAUGCCGCGGUAG